GGAAUCCAAGGGGAUACAUUACACUACGCUAUGUCCUGCCAUGAACAUCGUCUCAUCCUACUUCAUCGUACGCAAGCUGCGCGGCACCAUAGCUCUCGGCGGUGACAUCCAGCAGCAUCAACAAGCACGUCAGGCGGAGUAUCUAGACUGCCUGCGCUACAAUCGAGACCAUCCCGGCGUGGCCGCGAUCCAUUUACUUGUCGAAGGCACUGAAGCAUAUCGGCAUCUUGUGCAGCACUUACUGCUCGAGGAUCAACACAGCAAAUUAAGCCGUGCGGCCUGCGCGCCAGAUGUGCGCCGACGGUGCUCUGCCGCCCCUAUUGUACCCAUUGUUCGCCUUGGAGGAGGCAUGCCGACCUACGCGGCCUUCUUCCGUCACGCGAACCAACUCGCUGUUCAGCGCCUGACAAUGGUGUGCAACGCCGACGUGUACUUGUCCCCACACCACUUUAACGUGAGCGGUGUCCAGCAGCUUUUCCAGGACGCGGCUGCGCGUGUAAAUCAGCAGAAAAAAGUUCAUUGGACAGCGAGAACAGAAGACGAAGGUGCACCCGCAUCCACCGCAACAGUAAAGUCACCGGCGACUUCGUCGCUUCUACCACACGCAGGCAACAAAGUGAAGCUCGCUCUGGCGCUGACCCGCUACGAGAGCGACAACGUUGGCGACGCGCCCUUUCUCUACGACUACCGCGGCUCGCACGAUGCCUUUGUGUUUGUGCCGCCCGUGCCGGUGUCUUUCAUUACCCGCGUAGACCACGCGCAGAAUGGGUACAAAGCGGAGAACGUCGUUCUGCACGAGCUCCAGCAGCACCACUACUUGACGCUAAACCCCGCCUUCGAUCUCCGUCUUGUGCACCGCCACGCCGCUGAUGUGCGGCAGUGGUUUCCGCCGGUAGAUGAGACGCGGUACGGGCGCGCCUACCCGUGCACGUUGGCGGCCGCCUCCGUGCGCCUCAGCGAGUUGGGUGCCGAAGUCGUCCCUGCCCAUUAA